AUGAACAAACUCAGGCUGAAGAAGAUGAAAAGAAAAAGAAUUGAUGCAAUGAUCAUCCAGAAAGUGGCAGACGCCUCUAAGGAUGGGGUGAGACAAGAUACCAACCCUGCCAACGAGCUUCUUAAUGCUCUAGCAAGCCUACAGCUUGACCCUAGGUAUAGCGACCUCACCAUCGUAUGUGGAGACAUUGAAUACGAUGUGCACAAAUGCAUAGUUUGUACACGGUCGGAAUUCUUUGCAAAGGCCUGUAGCAGCGAGUUCCAGAAAUCCUCUAUGCACAGGAUCAUAUUACAAGAGCAUCCUGCUUUGGUGAAAAAAAUGAUAGAGUAUUUUUAUACCCUGGAUUACAAGGUGGAAGCUUCAUAUCCAGAGCCAGCAUAUGAACCAGAGAUAGAGCCAACUGCAUGGCCAGCGCCAGCGCCAGCGCCAGCGCCAGCACCAGAGCCAGAGCCAACUGCAUGGCCAGUAUCAGAGCCAGAGCCAACUGCAUGGCCAGUAUCAGAGCCAGAGCCAACUGCAUGGCCAGUAUCAGAGCCAGAGCCAGAGCCGGAAGCAGAGCCAGAACCAGCGCCAGAGCCAGAACCAAUGGCAGAGCCACCUGCAUGGCCAGAGCCAGUGGCAGAGCCAGCACCAGCCUCAUGGCCAGCAUCAGAUCCAGAACCCGAGGUUGAACCAGUGCCAGAAGCACAACCGGAAGAUUGUGCGUCGCAAUUUGACUCGCUGCUGUUUCAUAUUUCGAUGUACAGCCUCGCAGACCGAAGAUUGAUCAAUGGACUGAAGCUCUUAUCCAAGGAAAAAGUCGAGCUAGAGCUGUCUCAGCGAUUAAACUCCGAGAUAUUCCCGAUAGCCAUCAGUGAGAUAUACAACUCAACGCCCGAAAAAGACCGGGGGCUGCGAGAUCUGGCAGUGAAAAUGACCAUGGACAACCUUGUGGAGCUAAGAACGCAGGCGAAUGCUGGGUACCCCACGCACUAUUCAAGCAGAACUGUACCUGUGGCUUUCCCAGACAGUCUGGUGCAGUCCGUUCCUCAGUUUUCGUCUGACUUGGUUCUGGCGAUGAUGGAUAAAACAGUGUCUGAUUGGACGCGUAGGAUCGAUCGGCCGAAUGGAGGUAUCACCAGAGGAUCCUCAUUUUGGCAAUAG